AUGACGGAGGCUUCAUUCAAGAUUUCUAUCCCGGACGAAAAACUCGAACUGCUUCGCAAGAAGCUCGAACUCACCGCGUUGCCGGACGAACUCGAGGAUUCAGGGUGGAAGUAUGGCGUACCACUUGGCGACAUCAGGCGAUUAGUAGCCAGAUGGAAGGACGGCUUCGACUGGAGGGCCCAGGAAGCUAUACUCAACGCGGAACUGCCCCAGUUCACUCGGGAUAUUCAAGUGGAUGGACAUGGCACGCUAAACAUCCACUAUGUUCAUCAGAAGAGCCAAGUUGUCGACGCGAUUCCCUUGUUGUUCAUUCAUGGAUGUACCUUCCAUGUCGUCGCACUGAGCCUCCCAGGAUACGGCUUUUCUCAGGCGACCAAAAAACAGGGCUUCAAGACAGGACAACACGCCGAGGUUGGAAACAAGCUAAUGAUAUCUCUUGGUUAUGAUAAAUAUGUCACCCAAGGUGGAGACUGGGGUGCUAUUAUUACAAGAAAACUCUCUAGUGUUUAUGGCGGAGCGCAUAGUCAAGCAUGGCACACAAAUAUGCCAAGAGUACGGCCUCCGACUAUUUAUGAACCUCUUUUGUAUCUUCGACACAUGCUUACGCCCUAUACGGAAACCGAAAAGGUAGGAUUGCAACGUACCAAGUGGUUUGAGAACCAAGGGAGAGGAUACCACAGUCAACACUCGACUCAGCCUCAGACAAUAGGCUAUUCACUCGCCGAUUCCCCCGUUGGGCUCCUUAGCUGGAUUUACGAAAAGUUGGUUAACUGGAGUGAUUCAUACCCUUGGGAUGAUGAUGAAGUAUUGACCUGGGUAUCUAUCUACUGGUUUUCUAGGGAAGGUCCGACUGCGUCUAUCAGACUUUAUUAUGAAUAUGUUCAGUCCGGAGAUCGUGUGCUGACAAAAGAGCCCACUAUUCCUCUUGGUCUCUCAUAUUUUCCCAAAGAAGUGCGUUCUUAUCCGCGACUCUGGUCUCGGGCCGAAGGGAAUCUAGUAUUCGAGUCAGAGCACACUAGUGGGGGACAUUUUGCCGCCCAUGAGAAACCACACGAGUUGGUGGAUGACUUGAGGAAGAUGUUCGGGAAGGAUGGCCCGGCGUUUGGUGUUGUUCCGGGAAGGAUUGGGUACGUGUGA